AUGAAGACUUUUAAGUGGUUCAAGCAAAUAAGCUGUGGAAAAGACGAAGAGGUUAUGUGCAUAUUUGCUGUGUUCUCCUUCCAUAACAACGGUUAUCGUCGGUAUGAUGUGAUAAGAAGAUGCGAGCAAGUCAAAGGAGUUACAAAUGUUAAGAUUUCUGAUACCUAUGGUAGUAACGCUGGCAAUAUAUAUGGUUGUAAGGUUGGCGGUAUAUAUGGUAGUAAGGUUGUUCGUGAGAGGGAGGGUCUACAAGAGGUGAGAGUGGAAGGAAAAUUUCUUCUCAAAAAGCUUAAGUCGAGCCUCGGAAGUAAGGUUGGGGAUGUCCAACUUAAAGAAUAUUCAGUGGGCGAAAAAACACAAAAACAAGGCGGGCAGCAGUCAUGCGUAGGGAUGGCAAAAAUCCCCACGGGGACCGGUCCCUGUCAAGUCCCCGACCCUAAUAGGGGGAGAUUUCGAGGCUAA